AUGCGGGAAUACAGUAAGUUGCUCGGGGUGCCGGAGGAUAAACUCGCCUCGUUGGAUGCAGUGUAUCAGUUUGAACACAGCCUUGCACUGCUCAAUAAACCUCGUGCUGAUCUGGACCCGGAGAUAGAAUACGAGGUGACCACUGUGAAUGAGCUGGACAAAUACUGCCCCGUGCUGCAAUGGAAACGGCUCAUAAACGAACUUUUUAAACCUCUGAAAUUUACUGUUUCUGAUGAUCAACCAGUGGCGCUUACGGACAAGACACAAUUGCAAGCCAGAUGUGACCUUUAUGCCACAUACAUGAAAACCACAAAUGGGAUUCAAAUACUGCAUAACCAAGCCGUUUGGACCUUUAUCUGGAACACUGUAAAACAAAUGCCGGAGGUUGUUCAGGUCACAUUGAAAGAAUUCAAUAAAUUAUCCCGUGGUAAGCUUUUUGUUAAUUUGGGAUAUGUGUAUCUGCUGAGUGCUUGA